AUGGCUCUUGACUCCCAAGGCAUCCUUGCAGCGGUGACCAUCGCAAUGUAUAUUCCCUUCCUGUUCAUUUCCCUCAGAUUGGUCUACAAGUACGGCCUAUCACGAGGUGAUGGAUGGGUCUUGUUAUUGGUAUUCAGCAUCAUCCGAGUAUUAGGUGGUUCUUUGCUUGUCGCAGCUGAGGACAUCACGCCCGCAAAUAUUUCACUUUACAUCGGUGGCUACGCCCUAGAAUCAUCUGGCCUGUCUCCACUGUUGCUUUGCACCCUUGGUCUGUUACACUCGAUGUUCCAAUCUCCUGAUGGCUUUUCGAGAUAUAGAAGACCAUUCCGCCUUCUUCAACUCCUCGGCACCAUCGCUCUUAUCCUUAACAUCUCCGGUAUCUCUGAAUCGACAAGUUCCAGUUCAAGCUCGGAUCCAGGCACAACCAUGCGCAGGGCUGGUGUCAUCCUCUUUUGUGUCCUAUACAUCAUCCUUGUCGCCAUUUGCUUCCACGCAUGGACUCAAGUCAGAUUUAUCAUGAGAUACCGCAAGCAGCUCUUGAAGGCUAUAUCCAUCGCACUUCCAUUCCUGGCCAUUCGGACGCUCUACAGCGUCCUGUCCACGUUCUCUUCGAGCUCGUUUGAUAUAACCGGAACUGCCGCACCCCCCACUGGCGACCUGGCAAAAUUCAACAUCUUCACAGGCGAAUGGCAAAUCUACCUCGUAAUGGACAUGCUCAUGGAGUAUGCCGUUGUGAUCAUCUAUUCUGCUGCAGGCAUCGUGCUGCCCCUCAACGAAGACUACAAGUCUCCAGAAUCGUAUCAAGACGAAUACCCUUUGAGCAGGCCUCUGGUGUGA